AUGACAAGAUCGGGUCUACAACAAGAUGUGAUAAAUCUAUAUCGACAAGGUCUGCGAAACGCAAUGUCCAAACCGGCAGAAGCAAGACCUAAUUUCAUGCUACAUUUGAGAUACAAUUUCCGUCAUCCAAAAUUACGACAGAGGGAUUAUACAGCUAUUGAGCAUCAGCUUCGAAAGAUGUCAAGAACACUCGAGAUGUUAUCUGAGCCAUCGACACAACGUAUAUCGAUAUCACCAGAAUGGAAAGAUUGGUGGAAUGAUGAGAUAGAUAAAACACGUACCCGUCCUGUGUCUACUUCCAGUUCAAUAACGUCAAGUAGCGUCAAGAGGGGGAAUGAGGCCAAGGAGGAAAAGAAGGAAGAAAUUGUGAAAAAGGAUGAUGAAGGUAGAGAUAGAGAUCAAUGGGCUGGUACUUUACCUGGUCAUGGAGGGACAUGA